AUGUUUCGAUCAAUUCCCCGUCGAAUCCCUCGACGCCUUCCCACCCCUUCGUCUACAUCUCGCCUCGCCCUUCGUUCCUUCACAUGCGGUUAUCCGCGGAUGUCGGUGCCACCGCUAUCCGCUGUUGAACCCCCCGUCUCGACAGCAUUACCCUGCGACUCCUACCAACUUCUGUCGACGGCGGACAAGGCUGGAGCAGCUGAGGAUGCUUUGUACGAGCAGCAGAUCAAAGAUGUGGAGGCGUGGUGGAAGUCGCCGCGUUUCGAGGGCAUCAAGCGACCCUAUUCGGCUGCGGACGUGGUCAGCAAACGGGGCUCACUCCAACAGACUUACCCCAGCUCCUUGAUGGCGCGGAAACUGUUCAACUUGCUGAAUGAAAGAGCGGCGGAAGGGAAACCAGUUCAUACCAUGGGCGCCAUUGAUCCGGUGCAAAUGACACAGCAGGCCCCGAACCAAGAAGUCCUGUAUAUUUCCGGUUGGGCCUGCUCCUCCCUUUUGACUACUACCCAUGAAGUAUCGCCCGAUAUGGGUGACUACCCGUACAACACGGUUCCGAACCAGGUCCAGAGACUGUUCAAGGCUCAACAACUGCAUGAUCGCAAGAACUGGGACGCUAGGCGGAAAAUGACCCCGGAGGAGCGGAAGUCUACUCCUUAUGUAGAUUUCAUGCGACCGAUUAUCGCGGAUGGAGAUACUGGACAUGGAGGACUCUCUGCAGUCCUAAAGCUUGCCAAGCUCUUCGCUGAGAAUGGUGCUGCUGCGAUCCACUUCGAAGACCAGCUCCAUGGCGGAAAGAAGUGCGGUCACCUCGCAGGCAAGGUCAUUGUACCCGUAGGCGAACAUAUCAACAGGCUUGUUGCGGCUCGUUUCCAAUGGGAUAUGAUGGGCUCUGAGAACCUUCUCAUCGCCCGGACAGACUCGGAGAGUGGAAAACUGCUCAGCAGUGCUAUCGAUGUGCGUGACCACGAGUUUAUCCUAGGUGUUACAGAGGAGACCGAGCCUCUGGCCGAGACCUUGCAGGCGAUGGAGCGGGAAGGCGCUGCCCCAGCUGAGAUUGAUGCCUAUGAAAUGGACUGGGUCAAGAGCCACAAGCUUGUCACAUUCGACGAAGCCGUCGACGCACACCUCGAAAGAGAAGGAGCCGCUCAAUCCGUCAGGGAUGCAUACAAAAAGCGAGUCCAGGAGAACCCAGAUCUCUCCAUUACCCGCCGGAGAGCCCUCGCAAAUGACUACACCAAGACCCCCGUGGUCUGGUCCUGGGAUAUUCCCCGGACGCGGGAAGGCUACUACCAUUACAAGGCUGGCUUCCCAGCAGCCACCAAGCGAGCCAAGGAAUUCGCGCCCUAUGCAGACCUCCUCUGGGUUGAAACCGGCAAUCCGAACGUCGAGAAGGCCGCCAAGUUGGCCGGAGACGUGCGGAGCGCCUUCCCCGGCAAGAAGCUGGUCUACAACCUGAGUCCGUCAUUUAACUGGAUGGGACAGGGCUUUACCGAAGAGACCCUCAAGUCUUUCAUCUGGGACCUUGCGCCACACGGAUUCGUGCUGCAAUUGAUAUCCCUCGCCGGCUUACACACCAACGCUACCGUGACAACAGAGCUUUCCCGUGCCUUCAAGGAUGAGGGCAUGCUCGCCUACGUGCGCCAAGUUCAGGCACGCGAGAAGGAACUUGGAGUCGAGGUCCUUACUCACCAGAAAUGGAGCGGUGCGCCGUACAUGGACGGUAUCCUGGGUGCCAUCCAAAGCGGCAACAGCAGUAACAAGAGCAUGGGAGAUGGAAACACAGAAAAGGAGAAAAUAUAG